AUGCCGCCGUCGCGUCUGUCUCGCCUCCCACCGUGGAUCAGCCACUGGCUGGGCUACCGCGCCAAGGCACCGAAGCCCCUACCAACAUGGCAGAUCGCCGCGUGGUCCUUCAUCACAGCUUUCUGCGGUCUCUCAGUGGUGCAAGGGCUCUUCAACUAUUCUCAUUACUUCACUUCGCGUCAUGUACCGGGCAUUGUCGCAUCCUAUGGUGCAUCGGCCGUCCUCGUUUUCGGCGCUAUUGAAAGCCCGCUAGCCCAGCCUCGCGCCUUGGUCUUCGGUCACUUUUUCAGCGCCCUGAUCGGCGUUUGCAUCACUAAGUUAUUCAGCUUGAUGCCCGACCAGGCACGCUUUGAGUCGUUGCGCUGGCUCGCAGCCUCAUUGUCAACCGCAACUGCCAUUGUGGUGAUGCAGCUCACUGGAACCACCCACCCGCCGGCGGGUGCCACUGCUUUGCUCCCUGCCACUAAUGAUGAGAUCUGGAAUCUCUCGUGGUACUUCUUACCGGUUGUUCUGCUGUCGUCUACCAUGCUCAUGUGCUGCGCUCUGCUGCUGAAUAAUUUGCAACGUCGGUAUCCGGUAUUCUGGAUUGCGCCACCCGCCCCGCCGAAACCUGCAGCCACACCCGCUCCGGCGCCCCUGCCCGUGGACGCAUCCGCUGAGGAGAAGUUAUCCGAACACUCCGUAUAG